AUGCCAAGCCUCUCUGAAUAUAUAAGAGAAACCCUUCAAGAACAAUUUCAGAGUUACCGAGAAGAAGCAGAAGAAAAAGAUUUCACCCAGCUCUGUCAGACGGAGACUGAACAACCAUGCUUCUCCCUGCCAUUCACUUCUACGGCUUUCUCCUAGCUUGCAUCUUCACGGAAAGCUACUUGGCUUUCAAGAACGAUGCCACAGAGAUACUUUAUUCACACGUUGCUAAACCUGCUCCAGCGAGCCCAAGCAGCAAUAGCACGUUGAAUCAAGCCAGGAAUGGAGGCAGGCACUACGCCAGCACUGGAGCCGACCGUAACAAUCGUGUUCAAGUUGGCUGUCGGGAACUGCGGUCCACCAAGUACAUUUCAGAUGGCCAGUGCACCAGCAUCAGUCCUCUGAAAGAGCUGGUGUGCGCAGGCGAAUGCCUCCCUUUGCCGCUGCUCCCCAACUGGAUUGGCGGAGGUUAUGGAACCAAGUACUGGAGCAGGCGGAGCUCGCAGGAGUGGAGAUGCGUCAAUGACAAAACUCGCACCCAGAGGAUCCAGCUUCAGUGCCAGGAUGGAAGUAUAAGAACCUACAAAAUAACUGUGGUCACGGCCUGCAAGUGCAAGCGAUACACCAGGCAGCACAACGAGUCCAGCCACAACUUUGAGGGAACCUCUCAAGCAAAGCCUAUCCAGCAUCACAAAGAGAGAAAAAGAGCCAGUAAAUCCAGCAAACACAGUACAAGUUAG